AUGGACUCACCAAUUGAGUCUGCGGCAUCAGUCAAGAUCGCCGAUUUAGACGUAACCCUCGAUCAUCCAAACCGCCUUUUUGCGCCUGGCGAUACUAUCACUGGGAGUGUCCAUGGAUGGGACCCAUCGACAGGUGAAAGCUCCCUAGAGAUCUCUCUACAAGGACGCAGCAAAACAUACAUCCAGCCUGGAAAUGGCGUCGUCAAUAAGGAUCGGUCACUGUUGACAUAUCAAACGACCCGUCUCGAGCCAUCCGACCAUGUGGGAUCCAGUAUCGCCAAAUUCUCACUCACCGUACCCCUGUCUGUCGAGGAAAACCCUUCGGAUCUGGCUAAGAAGAUCAACGAUGGACGCUCGUACUGGAGGCACUCUUGGCCAAAAGAAGAUCCCGCUUUUGAAAGCUCAGGGGGCCAUCGUUUGCCGCCAUCUAUGAGCGUGCCCCAUCGAGAACCUUGGCGUGGAGAUCCAAUGUCUGCAUGGGGACAUAUUCAAUAUACAGUGACUGCGACCGUCUCACAGGGCGAGGGCGAUCAAACCUCCAAGACAGAGUCAUAUCCGGAGACAGUGCGAAUCUCUGGCCCCCCUGUGACUGUCGAAGAGCUCGAGCCAUUCAAAGGAGUAAUGCGAAAAGGAAUGGGCCAGCUCUGCAUGGACAGAAAAAAAGAACCCAAGAAAAAGACGUUCUCUUGGUACGUGAGAAGUGCAUUGAAGCUGUACCCACUGCUCUGGCUCGCACCGACAAUCAAGGUCCCAAGAUACGCUGUUGUAGGAGACGAUAUCAAAAUAUCCAUCCAGCUGCAACCGUCACCAGCGGAGUACAGAUUUGAUCUUCCCCCGAUUUCUCUCCAUCGAGUCACCGCCCGUAUCCGUGAUACUGCGGGUAUUCGUGGGAAGCGGACUCCGUUGGGUGGGACGUUCGAGCUCGAGUUGCCAGGGGGUCCCUCAGCCAGCAAGACCUGGACAACAAAACAUCUUUUCAACCCUGCAGAAGAUGGCAGGUCAUAUCAAAAUGCGCCAUGUCAAGUGACUUUCCAGAUCCCACGUUCUUGUAUUCCAACGUUCAAAACGUACAAUUUGUACAUGAAAUGGAAUGUCGCUGUGGAAUUGGUGCUUAGGGGCUUAGACCAAGAAAAGAUGGCAGAGGUUGAAAGUGAAAUUGAUCUCGUCCCGCGGCUCAGAGGUAUAACGACGGAUGAGGAGCUGGACGAGGAUGUUGUCGAUCCGGAGGCACCGGGCGUUGCUCACAAUGCUACACUAUAA